AUGGCUGCGAUGUCAGUAAUAGGUAUUGAUUUCGGUAAUGAAUCUUGUUAUAUUGCUGUGGCAAAAGCAGGUGGCAUUGAGACAAUAGCUAAUGAUUACAGCCUACGAGGUACUCCAUCAUGUGUGGCAUUUUCACCAAAGAACCGUAUAUUAGGUGUAGCUGCCAAAAAUCAAAUGGUUACAAACAUGAAAAAUACUGUAUUUGGUUUCAAGAGAUUAUUAGGUAGGAAAUUCUCAGACCCCUAUGUUCAAAAGGAGUUAAAACAUUUUCCAUUCAAAGUGGAACCGAGGCCUGAUGGUGGUAUUGGCAUACGGGUCAAUUAUUUAGGUGAAGAUAAUGUCUUUAGUCCUGAACAGAUAACUGCAAUGCUGUUUACAAAACUAAGAGAGUCUGCAGCCAUUGCUUUACAGACUCCGAUCAACGACUGUGUUAUAUCUGUGCCUAGUUAUUUCACAAAUGCAGAGAGAAAUUCUCUGCUUGAUGCUGCGGCUAUUGCAGGCCUUAAUGUACUGCGUUUGAUGAAUGAGACAACUGCAACAGCCUUAGCAUAUGGUAUUUAUAAGCAAGAUUUACCUGCUCCAGAGGAGAAGUCUCGAAAUGUUGUGUUUGUGGACUUUGGACAUGCUUCACUUCAGGUCGCUGCUUGCGCGUUCAAUAAGGGCAAACUGCGCAUACUCGCUACAUCAUCAGACCCUUCCUGUGGUGGUCGUGACAUAGACAGCGCACUUGCUGACUAUUUCUGUCAAGAUUUCAUGACAAGAUAUAAGCUGGAUCCCAAAAAAAAUCAAAGAGCAUACCUUCGACUGAUGCAAGAAGUUGAGAAGCUCAAGAAGCAAAUGUCAGCAAACAGCACUCGUCUACCGCUUAAUAUUGAGUGCUUCAUGGAAGAGCGAGAUGUGUCUGGUGAAAUGCAGCGUGCACAAAUGGAGCAAAUCUGCACUGAAACCUUCACCCAUGUUGAACGAACCUUAAGAAAUAUCCUGCAUAAUGCCAAACUAAGACCAGAAGAUAUUUGCGCUGUAGAGAUUGUUGGAGGCUCAUCAAGAAUUCCAGCUGUCAAGGGAUUGAUAGAACAAGUGUUUGGUAAAAUUCCCUCUACCACACUCAAUCAGGAUGAAGCAGUGUCGCGUGGCUGUGCCUUGCAAUGCGCAAUGCUAAGUCCAGCAGUUCGCGUUCGCGAGUUUAACGUAACUGAUGUGCAGCCAUACGCAGUGCGUCUUGCGUGGGAUGCUGCGCGUGGAGAAGACGGCGAUAUGGAGGUAUUCCCACCAUUCCAUGCUGCGCCAUUCUCCAAAAUGCUGACAUUCUACCGAAGGGAACCUUUCUCUGUCAGCGCCUAUUACUCUGAUCAAGUACCAUACCCUGACACAUUCAUUGGUCAAUGGAACAUUAAGGAUGUACAACCGACACCAGAAGGAGAAUCGCAGAAAGUGAAACUGAAAGUCAGAGUGAACAUUCACGGAAUUAUCACAGUCGCAUCAGCUUCUUUGGUAGAGAAAAAACAAGAUUCACAAACUGACAAUGUUGAAAUGGAGAAUUCUAACGAAAAUGUACCAAAUCCAACUGGUCAAGAAACACCUAUGGACACUAAUGGCAGUCAGGAGAACCAACAGAAUGGACCUGACAAUCAAGAGGAGGGUGCUGAUGAUAAAAAGGACAAGUCCAAGGAAAAGAAGAAGGUCAUUGUGAAGACUAUCGAGUUGCCGAUUGAUUCAAGAACGCACGGUUACUCCCAGACCGAGGUGAACAGUUUCUCGGAACAGGAGGGCAAGAUGCAAGCCCAGGAUAGACAAGAGAAGGAGCGUGCAGAUGCUCGAAACGCCUUGGAGGAGUAUGUGUAUGAGCUGCGGGGCAAGUUGUCAGAUGGCGAAGUGUUGCAUGACUUUAUCGCUGAGGACCAGCGUUCGCGCCUUGUGGCACACCUCGACUCUCUUGAACAAUGGCUCUACGACGAAGGGGAAGAUCAAAACAGACAGGUGUACAGUGAUAAAUUAGCGGAAUUAAGAACAGAGGGUGAACCGAUCAAACAGCGCCGUUUGGAAUUCGAACUACGCCCCGGCGCAUUAGACGACUUCGCGCUAUCCAUACAGUUGACAAACAAAGCGGUAGAUCAAUACAGAGCUGGCGAGGAACGGUAUGAGCAUUUGACGGAAGCUGAAAUCGGUAAAGUGUGCGAGGCAAGUAAGAACGCGCUCAAUUGGCUCGAAAACGCGAGACAGGCUCUUGCGCAUGCACCACUGCACCAGCCUCCCCCACACACGACCCACCAGAUUCGACAAGAGAGACAGAGUUUUGAAAAUAUUGUAAACCCGAUCCUUAACAAACCGAAGCCGAAGGAGAAGACCCCACCGCCAGCAAGCAACACGGCAGGCGACGGCCAGGCUGCGCCGGCGCAGGAUCAGCCGCCCGCCUCCCAAGAACAGAUGGAUGUCGAGUGA